CGAAGAAGAGCCGCAGGAACGCCACUUGCAACUUAGCUAACGUUAACAGACACGUUGUUAGCUUAAUAAAGUCAGCCUCCUAUUUUGUUUAUAGUUUUUUGACAGCGCUAAAAACGCUCAGACUCGUGUAUUUAAUGUGACUUUUGUUUUUGGCCGCUGUGUGGGCGCCGCCGUGUCUUAAGUCAGCGCUUCAAAGCUCAGCAUCCACGAAGCUAACGCUAGCAACAGAGCGGCUAACGACCACACGGAACCUCCGAGAGGAUGAACCUGGUCCAGAACAGAAGUUUACAUCCUCACCUGCGCGACGAGGAGGCUCUGGUGGUGGAAAACGCCAUCCGGCUGGCCAUAGACUCCAUCAUAAACGUGCUGUACGGCGUCAACAGCGCCAGGACCCACGAGUACCAGCGGAUGGUGGCCGACAGGGACAAAGAGAUCCAGCGGCUGGAGUGCAGGCUGACGGAGAUCGAACACGAGCUGCAGGAGCUGCGGCGGCACGGAUGCACCUGCGGGUUGAGCGGAACCGAGCACCGGGGCGGCGGGUCGCAGGGCUCCUGUGACCGGCAGAAGGCAGAGCAAAGCGGCUUCGAAGCAAACUGCACGGAGCCUGAAGUGGCAGCAGGGCAGCAGGAGUGUGAAAUGAGCAUAUCAUUGGGCCUUUUUGCAAGACCCUCCUCACAUGUGUCCUCCCAGAGCCACGGGUCGGCUCCUCCAUCCUCCCCCAGCAGGGUGGGCUUGGACCAAACCUGCACCUCUCGCUCCUCAGAGGCUUCAGGCUCCACCGAGGCAGCCAGGAAUAUCCCUACAUCUCCCGGCAGCCUUGUUGUCAAAGAAGAGCCCUGCGACAUCGACACAGUCCUAAUCAAGUGGGAGAUGAGUGAGGAGAGAUUCGCAGAGCAUCAGGAGAGUGCAGACGGUCCAUGUCAGGACAAACAGAGCCCCAGUGUAAAAAAAAAAUUAGAGAACAGAGAGAGAAAGAAGGUCAGAGAGAAACCUCAAGCUGACCCUGGUGGAUUUCGAAUCACUGAGGGAGAACAUCUGAGGAACAAGAAGAAGAGUAUACCGAUGUCCGAGCUGCCGGAGGAGGCUCAGAGACUGAAGAGGGCGGCCUGGAGGGCAGCUUCCAGGCGCUAUUACGCUCGAAAAAUAGCCCGCCAGCAGGCAAACCCCUCACGCCCCGGCCUCUUUCCCCACGUCACAAACUCUUCGUAUUCACAGCCGAGCUCCUUCAUGGAUAAGAGGCAGAGGACGCUGAUAUCGGAACUACCUGAGGAGUCUCAGUCGCUGCAGAGGGAGGCGUGGAGAGCCGCCUCCAGGAGGUACUACGCUCGGAAAAUAGCUCGCCACCAGACAAAUACGAGACCAUACGGACACCUGCUGGAGGACAUAAACCCUUCUGGAGACGCUCAGAGCCCGGACAGAGAGGGACCCCACGCUAACAGUGGAGGAAUAAUGUGCAGCUGAUAGACACAACACUGGACUAUGUUUGUAUUCUUUUAAUUAAUGAUAUUGAGGUUUGUCUCAAGUCUUCUGAUGUGGUGAAAUCAGCUAAAACCUACUGUUUGUUUUGGGUAUUUGUGUAUUUCCUCACAGUUCAUUAAUGCAGAACAUCACAACACUUCACUUUGGGUCUACAGCUUUCUCUUCAUUUCUGCCUCAAGGCAAAUUCAUGGUUUCUGCAUGAUGCAUUCUGCAGCUCUGUUCGUACUACAACAGGUAAACGUACGUCUUCUACGCAGACAGUUACAUUUCCCCUCAUAUCAAACUAAAGAAAAACCCACAGGGCUGCUGUAGAUGUUUCUCAAAGGCUGUAACUUUGCACUUUUUACAGGAUAUAGCAGCUGGUUAUUUCCAUUGUCAAUUAAGCUAAUGAUCCUUUUUCUUAUUUGGUGUCUCAUUGAUAAAAUGUCAGAAACUGGUUAAAAAAAAAGUCCAUCAUUGUUUCCCACGUCAGAAUCAGAAUCUGUUCUGUUGCCAGGUAGAUUCACAGAAAUGAGAAAUCUGACUUUAGGUGCAUUACAGUAAAUGCUGACAAGCAGAACAUUUUUUCAGAAGGAUAAAAGAUUUAAAAGAGCAAGUGUAGCAAAUUCAAGGUAUUGUAAAAGAAAUAAAGGUACUAGAAAUAUUGACACUUGCAGGAAAUUAUUCACCUUGUUUUGUUCACAUCCCAAAAAUAUAAAAUUUACUGUCAUGCGGGGGGAAUCUCAAACUGAUAAAUUGAAUAUUAUAUUUAAUAGUUGACAGAUUAAUCAGUUAGUUUUUGCAGAUGUUUUGAGCUACAGGAAUGUGCCAGUCUGAUUAUUCAAGAGACACAGUGGGUGAACGGAGCAUAAGACAUCUGAAGAAUUUAGAGCUUCCCACUUCGGACCUCUGCAGUAACACUGAAAUAGAAAGCAUGAAUUGGCCUUUGAGUGGCACACGCACUGCGUUCCUGUACAAAAUACUAACUGCAGCAUUGAGGCCAUAUGAAUCUGUUCUACCAGCUGUUGUGCAGUAUUUCUCAUGUAACAUCUAUUCUUAACAGUGCAGCGCCCCUGGGGUCCAACGUCUGUAACUACAAUCAAAUCAUGAGCUCACCAUCUUUGUGUUAAUGGUGGAUUAACAGUUACCAGCUAAAUUUAUACUGGUAAAACCUUUCUUUGAACUUAUUAAACACAUGUAUUGAAUAAAACUCUAGAGUUACCUGAUCCUGUGAACCACAGCUAUCAUGUGUCUUUGUCACUGAAGUCAGAAAAAUUCAACGGUUUAUUUUCUUUAUACACCAGUUUGCACUUAAAUAUUUGAAAUCAAGCAAACAUGAAGCAAGGUUUUUUCCCCACAGUAUGUCUAAUUUUUUUCUAGAAAUGAUGCACAAUAAAAGAGAAAAACACUA